AUGAAAUUAAAGAUUGGAAUUGCCUUGUCUGUCGUUGUGGUGAUUGGCUGCGUGAUUGGAUUCAUCCUGCCAUGGUACCAGAUCACAUAUAAUAUACCAUUUAGUAAUAAUGAUGCCGUUGCCACCUUCAGAUGGAAGGAUUAUAAGUGUGAGAUUGGUGAUAAUUCCAAUACUUUGAAGUAUGAUAAGUUGGAGAGCUGCGCUGGAAUCACAAUCUUGAACAAGAUGGAGAAGACUGGUCAAAUAUUCGACACUUGUUUAUCCUUUUUGGUGAUUGGUGCCGCUCUGUCACUUGGUGCCGGUCUGCUCCAAUUGAUUCUCCUGCUCUCGCCCAAGCUCUGCCGUUCAAUAGUCUGGAAGAUUCUGUGCAUUGGUACCUCAUGUGCUGCCGUUGCCAUCUUGUUUAUUUCCUUCUUUACCCUGUUGGGUCUGCCAAAGGCCUUUAACGAUGACUCUAAUGGAUUCAACUCCUGCAAAGACCGUUGGUGCAAGAACAUUUACGGUUCUGACGACAACUUCAAAUGGAUUCCAGGUGGUGGAUGGUGGGCCACACUUGUUGCAUGUUUCUUUGCUCUGUGCUCUGGUUUGUUCACCUUGGCAAGCAACCGAUAA